GUGCGUGCAUCAACACAAGAACAGAAACCCUGUUUAGUAGUAGUUUCAGCUUUCCAACUGCACCGUAAACGAUCAGAUUAUAACGUCGUGGUUUCUGGGUGUAACUCGCCGUUUUCUGUUUGGUGAUUUAUUUGUGAACUAAAGUGGAGGCGGAAGAUUACAAAACUGCUCUCGACAUGGCUGAGGCGACAGAGGAGAAAUCAUUUGUUUUUGAUGUCCUGUCUAAACGACACCAACCACACUUAUCAAGCGUCAGACACAAGACCACCAUUCAGUAUGCCGCACGACCUGAUUUACCAAAGCUGGCCUACAGAAAACUGAAAGGGAAGAGUCCUGGAGUGGUCUUCUUGCCCGGCUUUGCCUCUGUCAUGGGUGGACAGAAAGCAGAAGCUUUAGAAGAGUUCUGCAAGUCUCUAGGUCACUCAUACCUCAGGUUUGACUAUUCUGGCUGCGGGUCAUCUGAAGGGGAGAUGAGUAACUACACUAUUGGUGCCUGGAAAAAAGAUGUCCUGUAUGUACUGGAUGAACUAGUAGAGGGGCCACAGAUUCUGGUGGGCUCCAGCAUGGGUGGGUGGCUGAUGCUGCUCGCUGCUCUUGCACGGCCAGAGAAGACCGCUGCUUUAGUGGGCAUCUCGACAGCUGCGGAUCACUUCGUCACUGCCUUCAACUCCCUACCAAUAGAGACAAAGAAGGAGAUAGAGGAACAGGGCUUUUGGAAAUUCCCAACCAAGCACAAUGAAGAGGGUUUCUACACUCUUAGCGUGGACUUUGUGAAGGAGGCGGAGAACCACUGCAUCCUCCACAGCCCCAUCCCUGUUUCCUGCCCUGUCCGUCUGAUUCACGGGCUCAAGGACUCGGACGUUCCCUGGCACGUCUCCAUGCAGGUCGCAGAGCGAGUACUCAGCAAUGACGUAGAUGUCAUUCUACGCAAACACGGGCAACAUCGCAUGUCAGAGAAAGAUGACAUUAAGCUCAUGGUGUACACUAUCGAUGACCUUAUAGAUAAAUUGACCACACUGGGGUGAGAACAGGUGUGAAAGACGGACUAGUUGAGAUGGGAAAGUACAGGUAUCACGGUUGGAGGUUAGGCUUUUAAAGCGAACAAAGCCAAAUGAAUUGAGAAUCGCCAAAAAUCAGUGUUUCUUUCCAGAGCCAUAUGACUGAGUGAUGUCCAGGUGCUGGCACUAUAUUCCUUCUCUAGUGACGUGAAGUCGUACAAUAGCAUUGUAAAAGGGACAGGCCAGAAUUUAAAAGAACAGUUCAUCCAAAAAUUGUAAUUUGCUGAGAAUUGACCUAAUUUUAGGCCAGCCAGAAUGUGUUUGAUUCUUCACCUGAACAUUUCUGGAGAAUUAAGUUGCAUCAUUUGCUCCUCUGCAGCGAAUGAGAGCCGUCAGAACGAGUUCAAACUUCGGAUAAAAACAAUAAUCACACCAAUACAGUCAAUCGAUUAACAUCCUGUCUUCAGAUAAGCGUUUUGUGUUUUUUUUUUAAUCCAGAAUAUUGCUUUCUGUAGUAAAUAUGCACAGGUCAAACGCCGUUUUCCAUUAACAAUAGUUCAAAAUAAAUAUCUGUGUAUUUUAAAUAAUAACUUGGACUUUCAAACUUGUAUUUUGAAGUUGAAAUGUGUUUAUGGUGGGUAUGUUUGUUUAUUUUGGCGUCACAAGAUGUUCGCUGAUGGACCGGAGUUCUUGUGAUUUAUUGUGAUGUUUUGCUCAGCUGUUUGGUUCUCGUUUUGACGGCACCCAUUCACUGCAGAUACAGUUUUCCAAAUCCGUUCUGAGGAAGAAACAAACCGUUCUACGUCUCGGAUGCCCUGGGGAUCAGUAAUAUUCAGCAAAAGUUACAAUUUUGGCGAACUGUUCGUUUAAAUAGUGAUUCUCUGAAAAGCUUGCCUUCUGCGGUAGCUCCCAAAUAUGACGAAAUACAUUGUGCCAAGUUUGAAUAUACAGAAGCAUUUAAGAGCAAGGCAACAAGGCCACGGUAAUGAAAACUCUACAUCCAACUUGCCUUGUAUUAGUUAUUUUCUGCUAUUGUUUCCUGUUACGUUGUAAUGCUGUGUCACGUACGGCCUUUUUGUAACAUUUCCUUCUUUGAGUUGGUUAAGGUUGGGUAGCUGUUGUGUUUAGCACUACAUACACGGGGAUACGCAUCUGAAGAGCAUAGUCGAAAACUCUAUACGCAUUUUAUAAGGACGGUAGGCAGACUUUAUUGGGAGCUGCUUACUCAGACCAAGAUUAUGAGCAAUCUUGGACAAAGAAAAUGUUAGAUUUUAGCGUAGAAGAAAGGUAGACCAAAAUAAGGCCAAGACAUGUCACUCGGUGUAAUUCUGUCCUUUAUUAGUAUAUUUCUAUGUGUGUAUUUGAAAAAAAAAAAAAAAAAAGAAAUCACUGCAGGCAUUUUUACUUGCAGGAAUGGCUAAAAGGUGCUGCUAAUAUAAGUAGGGAUUGGAAAAUAUUUAGGCAUUUUGAAUCACUUUGCAUACAUUUACAGGUAUAAAAAACCUUUCACGCUACUUUCUACAAGGUGAACCACACCAAACCAUUUAUUUUAAAAAGUGUGUGGAAUGCCAAGAGGGAUUGAAUUAGCUGCAUAUUCACUGUGGUGGUGGUGGUUUUUCUUUUCUUCCUAUGACUUUGUUUGAGAACUUGGUUUUUCUUUAUGCACUGGCUCAAGGAUGCAGCCACAGAACAAUAAUACAGAUGUCAUUGUCUACAUUUCAACUAUAUUUUUGAGCCAAAUGUUGUUUUAGUCUGAUGGUGAUUCUUCUGCGUACAUUUUUUGGGGAAGUACAAAUGUUCCCAUUACCACAAGUAUUACCACUUUUCUUUUUUGUCCGCAUUAAAUGUUUUUUUUUUUUUUUUUUUUAUCGUCUCACUUGUAGGCCUACCCAGUUUCUGUUAGCUCAUAUUAAACGUUUCAAAUGUUAUAAAGUGUAAAAUGUAUCAUGUCAUGUUCUUCAAUAUGUAUAAAUCUAUGUCGUAUAUAAAAAUCUUUUUAUUAUUAAACUGGAUAAUAAAA